AACAAUAUUACUACUCACAUAGUUGUAACGACCAACUGCCCCCCUAUACAAUAUAGUACCGCUUGUACUAACGAAUUUUCAUUAGCUUUUUCCGUGAAUUUACUUAACACAACCGAUUCUAACAACUUGGUUCCUCCUAUAUAUAAACCCAAGUCACUUCACCUUUGAUUCACAACAUUCCUCAUACUUUCAACAACGAACAUAACUUAUUAGAGCAACACCUAAAGUAUUGCCUCCUUUGUUUUUGCAUAGUUAUCUCACACAAAUGGCUCAAACAACUCCCAAUCACACACAAACUGUGUCCGGGUGGGCGGCUCAUGAUUCGUCUGGAAAAAUGACUCCCUUUAUCUUCAAAAGAAGGGAAAAUGGAGUGAAUGACGUGACAAUCAAAGUGUUGUACUGCGGAAUGUGCCACACCGAUCUCCACCAUGUUAGGAAUGAUUGGGGAAUCACCAUGUACCCUUGUGUUCCUGGGCACGAAAUUACGGGAUUAAUUACAAAGGUUGGGAAGGACGUGACGAAUUUUAAAGUGGGAGACAAAGUUGGAGUGGGUUGUUUAGCAGCUUCGUGCUUAGAAUGUGAAUUUUGCAAGACUUCUCAGGAGAAUUACUGUGAUCAGAUUCAGUUCACAUACAAUGGUAUUUUCUGGGAUGGUAGCAUUACUUACGGAGGAUACUCCAAAAUGUUGGUUGCGGACCAAAGGUAUGUGGUACGUGUGCCGGAAAAUCUACCGAUGGAUGCUGCAGCACCAAUGUUGUGUGCCGGGAUCACGGUGUACUGCCCCAUGAAAGACAGCAAAUUGCUCGAACCAUCAGGCACUCCCAAGAAAGUCGGGAUCAUCGGGUUAGGUGGAUUAGGCCAUGUUGCGGUUAAGUUUGCUAAGGCAUUUGGCCAUCAUGUAACCAUCAUUAGCACCUCACCGUCCAAAGAAAAAGAGGCCAAGCAAAGACUUGGUGCUGAUGAUUUUAUCGUGAGCACUGACCCGUCACAAAUGAAGGCCAAAAAGAGGACUCUGGACUUCGUAUUGGAUACAGUAUCGGCCUACCAUUCACUAGGACCAUACUUGGAGUUAUUGAAAGUUGAGGGAACACUUCACAUUGUGGGCGCUCCUGACAAGCCCAUGGACUUGCCUUCCUUUCCUCUCAUUUUUGGAAAAAGAACAGUGAAGGGAAGCAUGACAGGAGGAAUGAUAGAGACGCAAGAAAUGAUGGAUAUGUGCGGGAAAUACAACAUAAGUUGCGACAUUGAAAUGGUGACGCCUGACCAAAUUAACGACGCUCUUCAACGUCUUGCUAAUAAUGAUGUUCGCUAUCGCUUUGUCAUUGACAUUGCUGGCAAGUCAUCUAGACUUUGAAUUUUUAUCUUUCAAUGCAUGUGUGCUUUUAAUUGACUCGUAUGAAGUUAUGAACCAUGUGAGUGAUAUUAAAUUCCUACAUUAUUCGAAUUUAAAUUGUUUCCAUGAUAUUGUAAAAUACUCCUACUAUAGUGUAAGAUAUGUUAAUUGGCUGAUUGUUGGCCAUGUUAUAUUCAAUAAAAUAAAUGAAUAAAAGUUUUCUUUUUGUUUCUUACUUUCAAGUGAACCAAAUUUCCAAUUAUGCUUUUUUCUCUUUCCCUUAUUUGAAAUUUACUUUACAUUAAAAUUCUAAAAAAAAAAAUCAUUAAAAACAUGGAUUUCUUAAUCUUGGGUAGAGUUUGGGUUUUGGAUCGGGUAAACAAGUAUGAGAAAAUUUUACAUGACAUGUUUUGUCUCUCCACCUUAUUUUUGUUUAUAUGAAAUUCUUUUACCAAUCAUCAAUUGUU